UUGAUCAGGUAGCGUUUGGUGCUCUGCCUUUUUUUUUAUUCCGUCUCUCGCCCGCCGCCCCUUCCUCGCUUCUAUCGCUCGCCAACCCACCGCGAGAUCGACGAGGGAGACUCGGAUUAGGUCGCCCGGGGAAGUGCUCGCGCUGAUUUCGGAUCGGCCAGUUCAAAAAAAAAAAAAUCGCUGGAAAAACUCAGAAUCUGUUGAAGAAAAGUUCUUCCCUUGAUUUCUUUCUCAUAUUUGGUAAAAAGAUUUGAAUUUGCUGCAUUCGCUGCCUCAUUAUGCCCCCUAUCUAUAAGAGCCCAAGAGCGAUGAUUUUGAAAGUUGUAAUAUUCUGAAUCACAACGCGAACUUGAGUUCUGCUGUGAUAGCAAUGGCAGAUAAGAGAUUGCAAGCGGUUGAGAAGAAUAGUGGCUGGCUUCUUCAACCAUUCCCAGAACUGGGUUUCUCAUGGAAUAUCCAUGAUGGUUUGUUGCCCUCCGGUGGCUUGUUUGCGAGUGUUGGUCAGGUGGGAGUCGGGCUUGGGGUUUCUUCAAAAUCUCCUAGUGUGACACCUGAGGCAGGUUAUCAGGUUGUUGGGACACCCGCUGAGUCCACCGGGGAUGUGACCAGUUAUGUGGAAGAAGCUUUGGUUAAAAAGAAGAAAAACAUACUGAAAGUAAGAAUUAAGGUCAGGAAUCCUCAUCUGAGAAGAUUGCUUAGUGGAGGAAUUGCUGGUGCAGUGUCACGGACUUGUGUUGCACCUCUGGAAACAAUUAGGACACAUCUUAUGGUUGGGAGCAAUGGGAACUCAACGACAGAAGUCUUCCAGACUAUUAUGAAGACAGAGGGCUGGACGGGCCUCUUUCGUGGUAAUUUUGUCAAUGUCAUCCGUGUUGCCCCCAGCAAGGCCAUUGAGUUAUUCGCUUUUGAUACAGCCAAGAAGGUUUUGACUCCCAAGGAAGGCGAACAACAAAAGAUUCCGAUUCCCCCCUCAUUGGUUGCUGGGGCAUUUGCUGGAGUCAGCUCAACCCUGUGCACGUAUCCUUUAGAACUACUAAAGACACGACUAACCAUACAGAGAGACGUUUACGACAAUCUUCUGCAUGCAUUUGUGAAAAUUGUUCGAGAGGAAGGUCCCGCAGAGCUCUUUAGAGGUCUCACUCCGAGCCUCAUAGGAGUCGUGCCAUAUGCCGCCACCAAUUACUUUGCUUACGACUCCUUGAAGAAACUUUACAGGAAGACCUUCAAAAAAGAUGAAAUAGGAAACAUCACCACCCUUCUGAUCGGUUCGGCCUCCGGUGCUAUUUCGAGCAGUGCUACAUUUCCUCUUGAAGUUGCACGGAAGCAUAUGCAGGUCGGAGCUGUCGGAGGUAGGCAGGUCUACAAGAAUAUGCUUCACGCUCUUCUGAGCAUACUGGAACAGGAGGGAAUCGGGGGGCUUUACAAAGGUUUGGGGCCAAGCUGUAUGAAGCUGGUACCGGCCGCCGGCAUCUCAUUCAUGUGCUAUGAGGCUUGCAAGAAGAUCUUAAUCGAUGAGAAUGAGAAGACACUCUAGUGCGAGAUUUAAGCUUCUCUUUCGGUUCCACAAUUUUUAUCUCAAACUGGAGCUGUUUGAGAUUUAGAUACUUAAAUGGAGGCAGCACCACCAUUUUUCCCCUUCAAAUUUUCUUUUCAUUUGUCUUUUUUACUAUUAUUUUUUACCUUGUGAUCCAUUGAAUGGAUCAAAAUUAUCUUGUUGUCUGCUAAACUAUGAUAUAAAGAUUGUGGCAAACGAGUUCUACUA